GUUGAGGCUGGUCCUGUCUACCUUAGUAGAAGUAGGGGUCAUCUACCGGCGUACACUUUCGUUUGCUCUUGCUGCUAUGUAGAGACUCAGAGAGGCUUUAAUAAUUUCCAGUAGCUUGGACAGUUUGACUUUCAAGUCCUUUGACCGAUCACCCCACGUGCUUUGAUCGCGUCGCGUCGCGUAUUUGACUGGGCCUCGCUAUAUGCGAGUCUUUGUUCUGCCUGCUCACCCACCAUUAGAUUUAUCUAAUAGCGAAGCGGACGCCAGCAUCCGAGUACCUCUACUAUGCCCUAUCGACGCACCAACUUGCGUGGUCGGAGAGGAAGUCUUCAGGAACUUCCUCAUAUGCCGCUUGACAUCGUCUUCGAGGUGUUUUCAUACAUGCAACCAAUGGAUUUGCUCAACUUGGCUAGGACCAAUCGUCCUUUUCGUGACUUACUCAUGAGUCGCACCUCUGCACAGUUUUGGAAGGCGGCUCGUCGCAAUGUGGAUGGGCUACCUGACUGCCCGCCGGACCUCAAUGAACCUGCUUAUGCUAACUUAUGUUUUGACGCGCAUUGCCAUAAUUGCAUGAAGACUAAUAUACAGAACGUAAUUUGGGAGUUUAGAACACGCUAUUGCAGUGAUUGCAGGAAAUUCAUGACCGCACCUCAAUAUUCGCUAAUAGAAAACAAUCUUGACGAUCCAUUCGAUCCACUACACAUCGUCGUGAAUCUCAAUAUCAACCCAAAGGACGAGGAUGAUCCUGUAAACCGAAGAGUGCACUCAGUUGAUAUCGAUUCCUUUUAUGAAGAGUUUGAUCGUUUGCCGUCUGACCAAAAGGGCGCGCUAAUUCAGAGAGAAGAUGCCGAAAAUGAGCAGAUCGUACAGCACGCAAACUUGUGUUACGCUUGGACAGAGCAAUGGAAGGCGUCUCGUGCUCAGGAAAAGGAGGAUGCUAAGAAUAAACGCGUCGUUGCCAUCAUAAACAAGCUCAUUGAGCUUGGAUACACGGAGGAGCUCACAUAUAUGUCCGACCCUGCUAUCUUUGAAGAAAAUCCUUUGCUCGGUCUUUCCGCAGUUCGUCGUCCGGGGCCCCUUACCGAAAGAAGUUGGCAAAGCAUUCGCAAGACCGUCAUCGAGCUCAUGGACUUCUACCGGGGACAACUCGAAGUCCAUGAAGCGGGUGAAUACUACAGACAUCGCGUCGAGGCGGUCUAUAAUGCACUUGCACAAUUCUGGACAGAGUAUCGCCUGAUAUGCCCAAAGCUUCGUGAUUUCGUCUCCACUACGCAAGGACGAAAGAUGGUAGAGGCCGAGCACAUAGCGAUCACCGUCGAAGGCUUGCGUCCUCACCUCCCUGCUAUAGUUGACGAAUGGAAGGAAGAUCUCGUGCUUCAAUUGAACCAGCUCAUCAGAGAGCAGUGGUCUUCUCUGCCCCAAUACGUGAAUUUGACGACUUUGGCAGUCUGCUCAUACUUCUACUGUAUGCCCUGCUAUAGCAAGCGCCCUAUACCGUUUCCCCAAGUGCUGGUGCAUGAAUGCCUAUCAUCCCGACCGCCAAACCUGGAUGAGCCCGAUGAAGACUUGUACGAAGCGGGUAUGGACAAGAUGCUCUCAUACACUAAAUGGACUCCUCGGUGUCUCAAGUCAUGCGUUGGGCAUCUGCAUGACAUUAUCUCUGCAUGUGGGCAAGAAAGUACGAAAGUCACACCCGAAGAAAUGGACCGGCUGGAUAUUAGAUUGUUCUGUCAAAAGUGUUCCAGUAUGGAACCGAACGUCCGGAAAGUGUUCAGUUGGCGAGAAGCUGUAUCUCAUGUACUUUUGGAUCAUCAUGGAUGUGAUACGUCCAGUGAGUUCUGGGGCCGGAUGCCUGCUCGACACGCCUCUCUAGUUCUCAGGCUUGAAGCAAGGAUGAAUGCGCGCCUGGCCGAGGUGCUGGAACAAGAACCCUACUGGUAUUGCAGCCAUUGUCCUGCGUUCAAAAAGAUCGGUAGCGCAGAGAUGGCUCUCCAGCACGUGGAAGAGGAGCACAACAUUCGUGAUGCGUCCGAGGACAAUAUUUUCUGUAGCCCAGAUGUAAAGAUAACGCACAGUCAUCCCAUUUUCCUGGUCUCGGAUGCAGUUCGGCAUCGCCGAGGGCUUGGGUGGGAAGUUGUGAGUGCGUUAGAGCGAAAGGAAGCCGCGAUUAUUGACUUUGCUUGAGAAUAUUCCUAUGAUGUUGCUAGGGUAGACAUAGUAUACGCUUUCCAUCCUAUUCAUAUCGUAUGGUAGGCAACAGUUCGUAAUCGUCUGGCGCGAUGUACUAUGUAUGUUCUCCCAUCGUGCAUUGUCUUGAGAUGGAAUCGAACCAUCGUUAUGUAAGAGAUUGACUCGUCGUGGGCGGCGAGCCUAGUUCCUGGCCAAGCUUCAUGUCUCCAAAGUUCAACCUAGACUUAAACGACUGACCGUCUGGAAUCCGGAGGAGCUGGUAUCCUUCGCCAAGAAACAUCUGUCCCUACC